AUGGCGACCGCUCAAGCGCAAGCCGCGACAAAAACGCAUCUCACCCUCAAGGGCUCUACAGCGCUGGUGCACGAGUUUUUCAACUACUCCGUCCAGAGCAUACUCUAUCAGCGCAGCAUAUAUCCAUCGGACGACUUCAAAACCGUUAAGAAGUAUGGGCUUCAAAUGCUGGUGACGACGGAUGAUGGAUUGGUCGAGUAUCUCGAGAGUGCAAUGGGCCAGUUGAAGGUGUGGUUGGAGCGAGGGGAUGUGACGCGAUUGGUGGUUGUGAUCGUCGAGAAGGAAACCGGCGAGACGCGGGAGAGGUGGCAAUUCGACGUAGACGUCAUCAACACACCCGUAUCAGAAGGGAAAGAGGGCGAGGCAGAAGGAGCAAAGGCGGUCAAGAAGACCGACGCUCAAGUUCGCGCCGAAAUCGCUGCCAUCAUCAAACAGAUCACCGCAAGCUGCACGUUUUUGCCAGUGCUAGAGGAGCCCUGCGCAUUUCAGAUUCUAGCAUAUACGAAUCGCGACGCAGAAGCCCCCGCGGAAUGGAUCGAUUCAGAUGCACGGCUCAUCGCAGAGGGUCAGGCCGAACAGGUUCGACUCAGGAGCUUCUCAACGCAUGUUCAUCGGGUGGAUGCGAUGGUCGCGUAUAGACGGGAUGAGGAGGACGAGUGA